AUGGCACCAAAGAUCUUCCUCACAGGAGGCACAGGCUACAUCGGCGGCUCCGUCCUCCACACCCUCUACACCACCCACCCCGAAUACACCAUCACCGUGCUCCUCCGCCGGACCCCUGAGACCUUCCAAUCCACCUACCCCAACAUCACCAUCCUAACCGGCGACUACUCCAGCACCUCCCUGAUCACCUCCGCCGCCGCCUCCGCCGACAUCGUCGUGCAUAACGGGGACUCGGACCACGAACCCAGUCUAAACGCCAUCAUCUCUGGUCUCCUCCAGCGGCCUACCCCAGGCUACCUACUCCACCUCUCCGGCACAGGGAUAGUGUCAGACUGGGCCUCCCCAUCGUACCUGGGUUUGCUAAACCCAAAGAUAUGGUCCGACAAGACUUCUUUGGCCGAAAUCCGGUCUUUGCCUCCAACGGCGCUGCACCGCAACACCGAAACCAUUUUACACGACACCGUCGCAAAACAUGGGGAUAGGAUCAAGAUAGCUAUCAUGUGCCCGCCCGAUAUCUACGGCAAAGGCAAGGGGUUGGUGAAAACGCACAGUGCGCUUAUCCCUUUCUUCGUCCACGCAGCGAAGGGGAUUGAAAGUGGGAAACCGUUUUACUAUAACCAAGGUGCCAAUACAAGGAGUUGGGUGCAUAUCAACGACCUCAUGCGUCUGUAUUUGCAUGUCGUGGAAGCUGCAGUGUCAACCUCCACCUCCGACGACGACGACGACGACUCCAAUGCCGAUUUCUUCAACGAAAACGGAUACUACUUUGCGAGCACGCAAGAGCAUUCUCAGAUCGAUGUUGCGAAAGCGGUCGGGAGCAUUCUGCACAAGCAUGGUGUGAUUGGGGAUGCGGAACCAGUGCAGAUCGGGUUGGAGGAAUUGGAUGGCAUGGCUAAUUAUCCUGGGUUUCCCAAGCUGGCGCGGUAUUUGUUCGCGAGUAAUUCGCGUACGAGGGCUGAGAGGGCGGGUGAGAAGUGGGGGUAUGGGGGUGAGGCGCCUGGGUUGUUGGAGUGCUUGGAGGGGGAUGUGCUGGAUGCUAUCUCUAUGAAGGGGUGA